GUGGGAGUGAAGGAGGGAGCUCGGUCUCAGGCUCGUUCCCCAGACAAGCAUCACUGCACUGAAGCAGGAGAGCGCGUUUGGUGAAAAGGGCCGUCGGCGACUGCAGUCGUCUGGUUCGCUUCCUCGGAACAGAGCAAGGACGAAUCUCCUGAUUACACUGUACACGUAGUCUGUGUUAUCGGAUCAGUACAGAUGGGAAUCGAUCACAGCGGUAACGUUUAACCCCGUUAACACUUUAAUAUCCGGCCUGGAAUGCAUUCUGUUAUUUUAACCUACUUCGACGGUUGUCCUUUUUUAUGCGGCGUCCAGUUUUAAAGACAUUCGAGACAAAAGGAUAUUUCGAUUAUCAUCGGCCCAAGUGGGGCUCGUGUUGUGGUUCUUAUCUAGGGCCCGGAUGUUGUAAGGAUGCACUGGUUCGUUCCCCUAGAAGACUCCAGUGAAUAUUUAUUCCCUGUCUUUAACUCCAUCAUGGGAAUAAGGUAAUAUUCACUCAACCCACAAAAGGGGCAACUUGAGUGUCUUCGUCCUCCUUUCUUCAUAUUUUUCAUUUUCUUUUCGAUUUUGGGAUGUUUUUCUACCGCCCCCUUUUUUAUUGUACAGCCUUUUUUGCUUCUUUUUUUUUCACCGUACCGAAAGACAAGCUGAGCUGCGUCUAUGUUCAGUGAGAGCAAAACAUGUAUAUACCGGAGGAAACCCUGGAAAACCAUCAAGGUUCUAACUACACCAGCCCAUCUCUGGUUAUGGUGUCUAAUGUGAGUGAGCAGGAGCACAGUGUUAGUGUUAGUAAAGGUGGCAUGGUAGGUCUGGCACCAGAACACAUCCCAACACCUAAUGCCGCCCUCAGCUGGCAGGCAGCUAUCGAUGCAGCACGUCAGGCCAAGCUUAUACGGAGUGCAGCAGCAGCACCCAUCUCCACAGCAUGUUCUACGCAGCAUCACCGUCAGCACUACAUCAAACCCAAGAAACCAACAAGCACAGUGGCCACAAGGCCCCCACACUCCCUCCUCUGCCUUACCCUCAAAAACCCCCUUCGAAGAGCCUGUAUCAACAUUGUGGAGUGGAAACCCUUUGAAAUCAUAAUUUUAAUGACUAUUUUUGCUAACUGUGUUGCCUUAGCUGUCUACAUCCCCUUCCCUGAGGAUGAUUCCAAUGCCACCAACUCCAAUCUGGAGCAAGUGGAGUAUCUCUUCCUUAUAAUCUUUACAGUGGAAGCAUUUCUGAAGGUCAUCGCAUAUGGGCUGUUAUGUCACCCCAAUGCCUAUUUAAGGAAUGGCUGGAAUCUGUUGGACUUCAUCAUUGUAGUUGUAGGGUUGUUUAGUGCUAUAUUAGAACAGGCUACAAAAGGAGACGGAGGGACACCUAUCGGCGGGAAGGCAGCAGGCUUUGAUGUGAAGGCCCUGCGUGCUUUCAGAGUACUGAGACCCCUACGAUUAGUGUCUGGUGUUCCCAGUUUACAAGUAGUGUUGAACUCCAUAAUUAAGGCCAUGGUUCCUCUGCUGCACAUUGCUCUGCUUGUACUCUUUGUGAUCAUCAUCUACGCCAUCAUUGGCCUAGAGCUCUUUAUGGGGAAGAUGCACCGUGCAUGCUUUUUCUUCAGAAAUGGAUACAGAGGGCCUAUAGCUGAAGAGAAGCCUGCACCUUGUGCCCCAAAUAACGCGCAUGGGAGGCACUGCACACCACUCAAUAUCACCCAGUGCAUGAUGGGAUGGGAGGGACCAAAUGAUGGGAUUACAAACUUUGAUAACUUUGCAUUCGCCAUGCUGACAGUGUUUCAGUGCAUCACCAUGGAGGGCUGGACUGAUGUCCUGUAUUGGAUGCAGGAUGCUAUGGGCUAUGAGCUUCCCUGGGUCUAUUUUGUCAGUCUCGUCAUCUUUGGAUCCUUUUUCGUUCUAAAUCUGGUUCUUGGGGUGUUGAGUGGAGAGUUUUCUAAGGAACGUGAAAAAGCGAAGGCACGUGGAGAUUUCCAGAAGUUACGAGAAAAGCAACAGCUAGAAGAGGAUCUGAAGGGCUACCUGGAUUGGAUCACUCAGGCUGAGGACAUUGACCCAGAGAAUGAUGAGGGACUGGAUGAUGCUAAACCCAGAAACUUGAGUAUUCCAGCAAGCGAGAACGAGUCUGUGAACACUGAUAUCCCUCCUACAGGAGAUUUAGAGGGAGAACCGUGUUGUACCCACAUAGUAAAUAGGAUCUCCAAAUCCAAAUUCAGUCGAUAUUCUCGCCGCUGGAAUCGUCUUUGCCGGCGUAAAUGUCGGGCUGCUGUGAAGUCGAACGUCUUUUAUUGGCUGGUGAUUUUUUUUGUGUUCCUGAAUACUCUAACCAUUGCCUCAGAACACCAUAAACAACCACAAUGGCUGACUGAUGUGCAAGAUAUUGCCAACAAGGUUCUCCUAGCUCUCUUCACUGGAGAAAUGCUUUUGAAGAUGUACAGUUUAGGACUGCAGGCAUAUUUUGUCUCGCUUUUUAAUCGCUUUGAUGGUUUUGUGGUGUGUGGUGGGAUACUAGAGACCAUUCUGGUGGAAACAAAGAUUAUGUCCCCUCUAGGCAUCUCAGUGCUGCGUUGUGUGCGCCUGCUGCGCAUCUUCAAAAUCACCAGGUACUGGAACUCUCUCAGCAACCUGGUAGCAUCUUUGCUGAACUCUGUUCGCUCCAUCGCCUCCCUGCUGCUUCUACUCUUCCUUUUCAUCAUUAUUUUUAGUUUGCUUGGCAUGCAACUGUUUGGUGGGAAAUUCAACUUUGAUGAGACACGUCGGAGCACAUUCGACAACUUCCCUCAGUCAUUACUCACAGUCUUCCAGAUUUUGACUGGAGAGGAUUGGAACUCAGUAAUGUAUGAUGGGAUUAUGGCUUAUGGUGGACCUUCAUUUCCUGGCAUGCUUGUGUGCAUCUACUUCAUCAUUCUCUUCAUCUGUGGAAACUAUAUCCUACUGAAUGUAUUCUUGGCCAUUGCUGUAGACAACCUUGCAGAUGCCGAGAGUCUGACGUCAGCUCAGAAAGAGGAACAAGAAGAGAAGGAGAGGCGAAAGCUGGCAAGAAUGGCUAGUCCAGAGAAGUGGCAAGGCAAUGAGAACCCUCCAGUUGAAAAAAUAGAGGAAAAGAUUGAAAUGAAAUCAAUUACAUCAAAUGAAGAAACUCCAAAACCCGCCAAGAUCAAUAUUGAUGACAAUGAUGAGAAUCCAUAUCCAGUGAAUGACUUCCCAGGAGAGGAUGAUGAAGAGGAGCCAGACAUGCCAGUGGGUCCAAGGCCAAGGCCUCUUUCCGACAUUCAUCUGAAGGAGAAGGCUGUUCCUAUGCCUGAAGCUAGAGCCUUCUUCAUCUUCAGUCAUACAAACAAGUUCCGGGUUUUGUGUCACAGGAUUGUCAACCACAAUGUCUUCACCAAUCUUAUCCUCUUCUUUAUUCUGCUAAGUAGUAUUUCACUGGCUGCAGAAGACCCAGUAAAAAGUGACUCAUUCAGGAAUCAGAUUCUAGGUUAUGCAGAUCAUGUGUUCACAGGUCUCUUCACAAUAGAGAUCAUAUUAAAGAUGACAGCAUAUGGAGCAUUCCUCCAUAGGGGUUCUUUCUGUCGUAACUACUUCAACAUUCUGGACCUGGUGGUGGUCAGUGUCUCUCUGAUCUCUUCUGGGAUUCAGUCGAGUGCCAUUAACGUUGUCAAGAUUUUGAGAGUUCUUAGAGUCCUCAGACCCCUGAGAGCUAUUAACAGAGCCAAGGGCCUCAAACAUGUAGUCCAGUGUGUAUUUGUAGCAAUUCGCACCAUCGGGAACAUUGUUAUUGUCACUACUCUGCUGCAGUUUAUGUUUGCUUGCAUUGGAGUGCAACUCUUUAAGGGCAAGUUCUACUCUUGCACAGACUCUUCUAAACAGACUGCGACAGAAUGCAGAGGGACAUACAUUCUGUAUAAAGAUGGCAAUGUUGGAAAGCCAGAAAGAGCUCAUCGUACCUGGGAUAACAGUGACUUCAACUUUGAUGAUGUCCUUCAAGGCAUGAUGGCCUUGUUUGCAGUGUCCACUUUUGAAGGAUGGCCUGCCCUCCUAUACAAAGCCAUAGACUCCCAUGCUGAGGAUGCUGGCCCCAUCUACAACUACCGUGUGGUCAUCUCUGUCUUCUUUAUCAUCUAUAUCAUCAUCAUCGCCUUCUUCAUGAUGAACAUCUUUGUCGGUUUUGUCAUUGUUACGUUCCAGGAGCAAGGAGAGCAGGAGUACAAGAAUUGUGAGCUAGACAAAAACCAGCGGCAGUGUGUGGAGUAUGCUCUAAAGGCACGGCCUCUACGCAGGUACAUUCCAAAGAAUCCAUACCAGUAUAAGGUGUGGUAUGUAGUCAACUCCACCUACUUUGAAUAUCUGAUGUUCACCCUAAUCCUACUUAACACCAUCUGCUUAGCAAUGCAGCACCAUGGUCAGUCACCAUCCUUCAACAAAGCCAUGAACAUCCUCAACAUGCUAUUCACUGGUCUGUUCACUGUGGAGAUGAUCCUCAAACUUAUUGCCUUCAAACCCAGGGGCUAUUUUAGUGAUCCUUGGAAUGUUUUUGACUUCCUCAUCGUAAUUGGCAGCAUUAUAGAUGUCAUCCUGAGUGAAAUAAAUCCAGCUGACCCUUCUUCCUCUACUCCUUCCUCUGUGGUAAGACCAAUGGGGCUCCAGAACACAGAAGAUAAUGCCAGGAUUUCCAUUACCUUCUUCCGACUUUUUCGAGUUAUGAGACUGGUGAAGCUGCUUUCACGUGGAGAGGGGAUCCGGACAUUGUUGUGGACCUUUAUCAAAUCCUUCCAAGCACUUCCUUAUGUAGCAUUGCUCAUAGUAAUGCUUUUCUUCAUCUACGCUGUUAUUGGAAUGCAGAUGUUUGGUAAGAUAGCACUGAGAGACAAUACACAGAUCAACCGAAACAACAAUUUUCAGACGUUCCCACAAGCUGUGCUGCUGCUUUUCAGAUGUGCAACAGGUGAAGCCUGGCAAGAGAUAAUGCUGGCCUGCUCUCCUAACCGCCCAUGUGAAAAAGGAUCUGAAGAGGCCCCUACCAGUGAAGAGUGUGGCAGUCAUUUUGCUAUCAUUUAUUUUGUCAGUUUCUACAUGCUCUGUGCCUUUCUGAUCAUCAACCUGUUUGUGGCUGUCAUAAUGGACAACUUUGAUUACCUGACACGGGAUUGGUCUAUACUUGGACCACAUCAUCUUGAUGAGUUCAAGAGGAUCUGGGCAGAGUAUGACCCUGAGGCAAAGGGAAGAAUUAAGCAUCUGGAUGUGGUGACAUUGCUUAGAAGGAUUCAGCCACCCCUGGGGUUUGGCAAACUCUGUCCACACAGAGUGGCCUGCAAGCGCCUGGUGUCCAUGAACAUGCCUCUGAACAGUGAUGGCACAGUAAUGUUUAAUGCUACUCUGUUUGCCCUGGUGCGCACAGCCCUUCGCAUUAAAACUGAAGGUAAUCUGGAGCAGGCAAAUGAAGAACUGAGGGCGAUAGUAAAAAAAAUCUGGAAAAGGACCAGUAUGAAGUUACUGGACCAGGUUGUGCCACCAGCAGGAGAUGAUGAGGUAACAGUUGGGAAGUUCUAUGCUACAUUCCUCAUCCAAGAAUACUUCAGGAAGUUUAAAAAACGGAAAGAACAGGGAUUAGUGGCUAAAGUUCCUCCAAAAACAGCUCUCUCUCUGCAGGCUGGUCUGCGUACACUGCAUGAAAUGGGUCCAGAAAUACGGAGGGCAAUAUCAGGAGACCUCACUGCAGAGGAGGAGCUGGAGAAGGCCAUGAAGGAAACAGUGUGUACUGCAUCUGAAGAUGAUCUCUUCAGGGUGAAGCGGUCAGAUGGUUUCUUCAGAAAUCACAUCAACUAUUAUCAUCAGAGUGAUGACUGCAGUGAUUUCUCCCAAUCCUUCACCAGUCAGCGGCCACUGCACAUCAACAAGUCAGGCAGCCCUGGAGAGGGCAAGUCUCCAUCUCGUGAAAAACUGGUGGACUCUACCUUCACACCAAGCAGCUAUUCCUCCUCAGGUUCCAAUGCCAACAUCAACAAUGCCAACAACACAUCCAUUAACCUCUGCUACCCAUCCAUUAGCACCGUGGAUAGGCACACCAGGCCCCUGUUCAUACCUGUACAUCUACCGUGCUCUUCGUGGUCCUUCCCCAAUAAAAGCUCAGAUUCGGGUGAAUGUCAUUUCCCAGUUAUCUCUCGAGGAGAGACUGCUAAAGGUGAAAUACAUGACAAGAUGGAUAUAGAGACUGAACGCUAUCAUGAGCAGGACACACUCUCCACUAAAAUGUUGGUGUUGCAGAAUGAUGAGUGUAAGCAGUUAGCUGUGAUGGAAGAGGCAGAUGGGAGUGGGGACAGAAGACCAUGGCAGUUUCCCCAACAAACUGUUCUCCAUCCAACUGCACUAAGUCGACGAUCUUCCUUUCAUCUAGAGUGUCUCAGCAGACAGAGCAGGACUGAAACUUUAUAUACAACAGCUUUGCCUCUGCACUUUGUCCAGCAUCAGGUGUUAAUAUCGGAACAGUUGGACCACUACACACAGGACCCCUCAAAUGCCAAGCUGGCCAAGCAAGAGUUGUCUGCUACACAGGACAUGAUCAUAGAGGAUAUGGAAAAUAUGUCAGAAAACAUACUCAGUGCCAAUGGGCCUCACAGCUCAAAUGGCAGACUCCUGCCCUAUACGCACUGCAGCAAUGGAGUGAGAACCAGCCAGGGACAAAGAAGAGCCUGGGAAAUAAAGGUUCAUGAGAAGGGAGCAGGAGGACUGCAGGUUGCUGAGCGAGGUCAAUUGAACAAUAAUCUUCUCAUUGAUGAGGACAUGGAGUGUGUGACAAGCUUGUAGGGAGAUCUUCAACAAAAAAGACUUGUUUCACCAGACUGUCAUCCAGUUAAGGGUUCCCCUGUUCUGUCUCAGAAUGCUACAACAUCUCUUAAGCCAGAAAUGUAUCUUUAAACCCAUAGAUAUUAUAGGAGUACAAUGCAGUUUGAUUUAGCUUAAGUGGAAGUUUUGUCUUUCUUUCUUUCUUUCUUUCUUUCUUUCUUUCUUUCUUUCUUUCUUUCUUUCUUUUUUCUGUGUGAAUGGCUAUGAGCAAAUUUGUCUAAUAUGUGAAUGUGUGAGUGAGAAGGAAAAAUGUGUCUAUAUAAAAGUGCCUCACAGUUCUUAGAACCUUGACUGAGUAAUGAUGCAAAGAACAAAAAUGAAAAAAAAAAAGACUACAAAAACAGGAAAAGCAGAACUCUGCUUGUCAUCCAUUUUACACUUUGUCAUUAAGGAAUGAUCAGCAGCAAAAGGCCAAGUCUCAAUGUAAGUUUAAGUUUUGGCGCUUGUGUGUUCAGCUUGUAAAUGGGCAGAGGCAGCUUUUGCUCUCUUUCCCCCAUACUUGCUUGUGUUUUUUUUUAGUGGACAAUACCAUUGGACAAAGGGGCAGUACACUGGCAGGCUCUAGCCAGGCCCCUCCACUAUGCUCACAUACAGUUUAAAUAGUAAUUACACUUGAUUCUUGUUAGUUCCUGCCCUAUUUGAGGGUUUGCAGGUUUAGGGGACAGAAUGCAAUUGUGUGGAUAAGCUAUGGGGAAUAUGAAGUAGGAUUUGUUAGCACUUAUCAAUCACAUGGUUAAAGAUUUAUUUAGCAUCAUUUAGAUAUGCUAACAAUGGAAACUGAGUUGUUUUUUUUUUUUUUUUUUGCAAUUCAUAAUUUGACGUGGAAGACUUUUUACCAGACUCACCAUUAUGUGAUACUAUUGAUUAACUGGAUAACCAAACAGUUGGCUAAGUACAUCAUCAACAUGAGCAACUUCUGGAGACUUAUACAGUAUGGAGAUUGAAGAAAAACUCAUUGUCACUGAAUGGUACAAAGUGUUUUGUCCUUAGCCUAGGGGUUUAUAUAGUACAGAAACAGCCCUUGAAUAGCUGUUUAUAGUGUUAAGUACAAUUUCUAUAAAAGUUACAGUAAUAAGUGAUGUCAGCCGAGUAAAAACAUAAAUAGCAACUUUUUUUGCUCAUUAGCUGAUAUGUAUAGUUAUUAGCAAUUCAUUGGUGGCUAUCAAAAUAUUGUUGUCCCAGUUUAUUGUCAUUAGUAUUCAUAACAUCAAAAAGGUCAACCUCAGAACUUCAAAACUGCUUUUACUCUCUAGAACUUGUUUGUAGGUGUUAUAUUAACUGCUUGAGAAGUGAAAAUGGAAAACUUGCAGGGAAAUUUUUCAGGUUAGCCAGAGCCUUUAUAUGUUGGCAGUAAGUAAUGUUUUUAAUCUAUCAGCAAGAUUAAAUAUUAUAAAAAUGAACAGAACUAUUCCUUUACUAUGUUAAUAAAAUCAUAAUUGUCUAUAGUACAUUUAUAGUAAGAAAACAUGCAUAAUAAUAAUCUAAACUCCUUGGCUGAUCUUAUAGCUUAAUGUGGUGAGGGUUGGUGUAGCAAGUCCAUUUACAUUUUCCUGUUAUUUUAACAGUUUAGACAAAUGUAUUUUCAGCAAGACUUGGGUUAUUUUCUUAUAAAUAAAAUAAGAAGGAGGUUAUAUUUUUAUAAAGCAAUUACUUUCCGUUUUUAAAUUAAAAAAAAAAUUGUGUAAUUACUCUUUAAAGUGUUUUUGUGUGAGCUAUAGGAGGAGGAGCAUAAAGCAUAGAGGUUUUUAAGUAAAGAAAGCACUGUACAGCCAUUGCAAGUCUCCUGAUUUUCCAGUCUGUUCUCCUCUGUUUAAGUAAUUGUCAGGAGGAAGUUUGCAUCCAAAUCCACCAUAUAUGUCAAUUUAUAUAACAAUUAUCUUCCAUGGGCAUUGCAUUUUAUUAUUCUUUGUGUGCCCCUUGUCAUUUUCAUUUUGGACCAUGUUCUUUCAAGCUUACUCUCUAGUAUGUGAGAUAGUAGAAAGAAUUUGUGGUUAAAUCUUCUGUUUUCUCCUUAUAGCUCUUCUCUAUAUCUCUGUCAAUUAUGCAGUGGAAUGGAUUUCACAACUUUAGAAGGUUCAGGUCUGAAAUACAUUUUGUUCAUGCAUGCUAUAUUCGAUAAUGGUAUUUUAAUAAUGUUAUAUUUUCCUGGACAUGUGUUGUAUUUUUGUAAUGUAAUUUAUUCUGCUUUUAAGAAAACAGAACCAGUUCCCACUCUGCAAUCCCCUGUUUUUACUAAGGUGAAUAAGAUAUGUAGUACCCUGCCUAAGGCCAACACAUUAAAUGUAUUUAUUUAAUUUAUUUUUUUUAGUGCUCAUUGGGGAAGCACUGUGUUGCUGUGUUUCAUUAAUCAUGAUCAUAUAAGAUGUGCUAAGGAAUGAUAUCCCACCUAGACAAUUGUAUCAAAGGAAAAUAUGCGAAGAUGCAAAGACUUUCGUUUUUAUUGCUGCUCCUUGUUGGUUGGUAGAUAGUUUGAAGAUAUCAGUACCCAGAUGGCACAAACUGUCAAAAUUGUUAUUUGAUAUAGAGUGACUUUUAAAGUCAAACUGGUAUUGCAGUUACUUUUAGAAUAUUUAAAAAGCCUCUCCCAAAGCCAGGGAGAAAACUGCUAAACUAAUCAUGACAAUAAUGGUGCACUUUGAGGAGAGACAGGAGACAACUGUAUUUAUUCAGGGACUCAUGGGUAGCCUCAUUUAAGAUACUCUCUCCAGCAUAGUUUAAACAACAGGGCUAAGUAUAUCAUUAAAGCCACUAUUAUUAUUAUUAUUAUUAUUAUUAUUAUUAUUAUUAAAUCAUUGUCAUUGAUGGUGGUGUUACUAUUGUUGAUGUCUAAAUAAUUUCAUUUGGUUUUAGCAGUGAAUUCAAUCACAUUCACAAAGAAAGAACUGGUGAUUUAUUAUGCAAAUAAGGUAUUCAAAUGUUCUAGAUAAUAUUAUUAUAAGAAGAUAAUAUGAUGCCAGAGUGACUUAUAUGCUUAUAAACAUUUUGAUGAUUAUGAAAUUGACAUUCUUAGUACGGCCUUUUGUUAUUCCAUACAUAUCACACUGUUUAAAAAAAUGUUUCAUAUAAGACCUCUGAAAUUGAAACUCUAUAUUAAACAUUUAGUUUUUCCAAUAUUCUGUGUUCUAAAGAUCCACUUUGGCAACACUGUAUGUCUGUUUAUAGCAUUUUUAUAGUGUUUUUUUUACAGCUGUUGUGAAUGUAUGUACUUCUGUCCACUGUAAGAAAAUGUUUAUGGUAAAAUCCUGAUAAACAUGUA